UAACUGAUAAUUUUAGAGUGAUGCACAAGGCUUGGAGUUCUUCUAUGUUUUUAUUUUGUUUUUUAUUGGAAUGCCUACUUCAUGUCUGCUUGCCUUAUGGAGGUGAGCUUUAUACUGCUGAGAAAACAACAGACUCAUCAGUGAGUAGACAGUUAGAAACAUCUAAAACUUCUAUGAGACAAUCCAGAGGCUUUCUUUCAAUACUUCAACCAACAGAAGUAAUAAUCCCAGCAGCUAGACCAAAGGUGAAGCCAUCAGAAUUCCAUACAAAUAAAGUAAUUUCACGUAGGCCUGGUCUUAUUCAUGUAAUUUCAGUUUCAAGUAUAGCCUUUGUCCUUGCCCUGUUAUGUGGGCUCCUGAUCUCCUAUGUGAUAUAUCGACUGGUAAAAGCUGAGGAAAAACAGCAGCUUGCAAUGUUGUAUGAAAAUGUCGAGAUUCCACUCAUAGAUGAGAAAGAGGCUUCUAAAGAUGACAGUUAUGGUGCAUCUUGCCAGCUGCAUCCAGAGAAUGAGGAGCUGGGAAAAUUCAUUGGCUCAGUUAUUAAAACAAAAAGAAUCGAAAACAUUAAGAAGAAAAUGAAGAAAGAGCAAACUGUCUUGAAGGGAACUACAUCAGAGAACUCUAGUUAUACCGAAAAAGUGGAGAGUCACCAAUAAAUGGAGAAAGAUGGAAACUCAGGAAAUCUGUGAAAACGAAAGAAAGGUGUACUAUGUGCUAGACAAUGUGGAGACUAAACUGCAGACAACCAAGAACAUAAACAGGACUUCUAGAGAACCUCGUCCAAGAACAUUCUACAGAAAGAAACAUGAGAAGCAUCUAGCAGAAAAUAAAUUCAUAUGAUACC